CCCCUCAAUCCUGUUCAGUUACGGCACACGACACAAUUGAAAAUUGAAGAACCAUGAAGUUUACAAUUCUCACAAUCUUGUCAUUCGUGGCAAUCGCAUUUGCUGCUCAACUUCCCCAGAAGAAUAUCAUCGUAUCGUACGAUGACAAUGUACCAGAUUCUGUAAUCAGUCAAGCCAUGGAUGCCAUCAAAACCGCUGGAGGAAUCAUCACCCACGAGUACAGACUUAUCAAGGGAUUUGCUGCCAAAGCACCUGCUAAAGUCCUCGACACCGUCCAGACCUGGGGAAACGAUUACCACGCAGUCAUAGAAGAGGAUCAAAUGGUUACCAUUGUUGGUGGAGAAUCGUAGAAAAUACAAUCGAUGGAGUUGACUCGGGUUCAUGGGGAAGAAUAGGACAAUCGUUUUUAGGAAGAAUACCAUGGGCAGGCAGGUUUCAAAGCAUACAUACAGAUGGGAGGAUUCUUCCAGGCGCAAAGGUCAAGGCAUUGGGUCUAUCUGGACAAUAGAG